UCAGAGCACCGAGCUGCCUCUCCUAAAGCAUCCUGCUUUGCAGCUCUAAUAACUGUUGGCUCCAGCUCCCUCCAAAGCGGAGCGGGGAGGUGGAGAGGGAGGGUUUGUUUAGGGUCAGUACCGAGCUUGAAAGCAAGAAGAGGAGCAACUAUUUGCAUGAUGUGAGGAUGAGGAGGAGCGGCUUUAAGCCAGCAGAGGAGAUGUGCGGGUCGGAUGUGAGUUGUUGAGCUCUAAGCGCAUGCGUUCUGCCGGCGGCCCGGCCAUGGCGUUGCUCCGCUCUCUCGGUUCGCUGCUGUGUCUCUUCUCGCUGCGGAUCCCCGCGGUGCCCGGUGCGGCCGCCCGAGGGUUGGACGUGGCUUCGUACCGGGAGAGGGUGCGCGCCAUGUUCUACCACGCCUACGAGCACUACCUGGAGAGCGCCUUCCCCUACGACGAGCUGCGGCCGCUCACCUGCGACGGGCACGACACGUGGGGCAGCUUCUCGCUGACGCUGAUCGAUGCGCUGGACACGCUGCUGGUGAAUCCUGGGAAUGUCACUGAGUUCCAGCGUGUGGUCACGGUGCUGCAGGAGGGGUGGAUUUCGACAAUCGAUGUCAAUGCAUCUGUCUUUGAAACAAACUAUCCGAAGGUGAGGUUGGUUGGUGGCCUCCUUUCUGCUCACUUGCUGUCCAAGAAGGCUGGCGUUGAGGUGGAGGUGGGAUGGCCGUGCUCUGGACCUCUCCUAAGGAUGGCAGAGGAAGCAGCUCGUAAACUGCUGCCAGCUUUUCAGACUCCCACUGGGAUGCCCUACGGAACAGUGAACUUGUUGCAUGGAGUAAACCCAGGGGAGACCCCAGUUACCUGUACUGCUGGAAUCGGUACUUUUAUAGUGGAAUUUGCCACUUUAAGCCACCUCACUGGUGAUCCAGUGUUUGAGGAUGUUGCCAGGAAGGCUCUGAAGGCACUGUGGAAAAACCGCUCAGAUAUUGGUCUGGUUGGUAACCACAUUGAUGUGGUAACUGCCAAAUGGGUGGCCCAAGAUGCUGGCAUUGGAGCAGGAGUGGACUCCUACUUUGAAUACCUUGUUAAAGGAGCCAUUCUCUUGCAGGACAAGGAGCUGAUGGCCAUGUUCCUCGAAUAUAACAAAGCUAUCAAAAAUUACACAAAGUUUGAUGACUGGUACCUCUGGGUUCAGAUGUACAAAGGAACAGUGUCCAUGCCUGUUUUUCAGUCUCUGGAGGCUUACUGGCCAGGCCUACAGAGCCUAAUUGGGGAUGUAGAUAAUGCCAUGCGAACCUUCCUCAACUAUUACACUGUUUGGAAGCAGUUUGGUGGGCUGCCUGAGUUCUACAACAUUCCUCAGGGCUAUACAGUAGACAAGAGAGAGGGAUACCCACUCAGGCCAGAGCUGAUUGAGAGCGCAAUGUAUCUGUACCGUGCUACACGAGAUCCCAUACUCUUAGAACUGGGAAGAGAUGCAGUGGAGUCCAUAGAGAAGAUCAGCAAGGUGGACUGUGGGUUUGCAACUAUCAAAGACUUGAGAGACCACAGGCUGGACAACCGCAUGGAAUCCUUCUUUUUGGCUGAAACAGUGAAAUACUUGUACCUACUGUUUGACCCAGACAACUUCAUUCACAACGAUGGAUCAGACUUUGAUGCUGUGAUCACCCCUUAUGGCGAAUGCAUCUUGAAUGCUGGAGGGUACAUCUUCAACACCGAAGCUCAUCCCAUAGACCCUGCUGCACUGCAUUGCUGUAGGAAGAGGAAAGAAGAGCAGUGGGAAGUGGAAGAUUUGAUGCGGGAGUUUUACUCACUUCAGAAAAACAAGAAAUUCCCCUUAAAACAGACUUCUGACUGUGGUGAAGGGGGAUGUGUGAAAGACCCCACGGGUGCAUCUUUAGGUGGAAAGAAAAGAAACUCUAAGAAGAGCUCACGCUCCCUUUUGAGUUGCCCCAGUCAAUCUUUUAACUCUAAACUCGCUGUACUGGGACAGGUCUUCUUGGACAACACUUGAGUAUAUGUUUAUUAUCAGUAUAAAUAGUAAUUUAUACUUGAACUUGAUCCGGACUCUGGGAAUAUAUUUUUCUAGUUUUGUAAUGGGGAAAAAGUCGUACCUCACAAUGUGAAUUGUAUGAAGUGGAAAAAAAACUUCACAUUAAAUUCUGCUGCUGCUGAUUAGACUGGA